UCUUCCAGUACGGCACAGUGAGGGGUGCGCGUUGCAUUGUGGGGUAAAAAAUACAGCACAGAGAGGACAACGGGGACCACAAAGGACUGAGAACAGCACCUCGGGAACUUGUAGCACCUGUUUGUUGUGAUGCGAAUCUGUCUGAGCGGUAAUUUAACUGUGAGCUGAGGCGGUUGGCAGGCGAACAACUGCCUCGGAGCAGCGGGGAAUGUGAGCAGGCGAAGCGGCGCAGCAGCAGGGCGCACCGCUGUCUUCGACAGUUUUUUGUCAGCUGAGCCAUCAGCAUCCAGAGGCCCCGGCUGUUGACUCCGGCCUCCUCCCGAAGGACAGCUUUUCUGUGCGAAGUAAGGUGGAGUCCAGGAUGGGGGUGAAAACCUUCACCCACAGCUCGACCUCCCACAGCCAGGAGAUGCUGGACAAGCUAAACGCCCUGCGCAACGAGGGUCACCUAUGUGACGUGACCAUCCGGGUCCAGGACAAGCUCUUCCUAGCACACAAAGUGGUCUUGGCCUGCUGCAGCGAAUUCUUCCGCUCCAAGCUCGUGGGCCGGCCAGAAGAGGAGGAAAAGUUCGUGUUGGACCUCCACCACGUGACCGUCAGUGGCUUCGCUCCUCUUCUGGAGUACGCCUACACCUCUACCCUUUCUAUCAGCACAGAGAACAUCAUCGACGUGCUGGCCGCUGCCAGUUACAUGCAGAUGUUUGCCGUGGCCAGCACAUGUUCAGAGUUCAUGAAGUCUAGUAUUCUGUGGAGCCCAACCAACAACAGCAGCAGCAACAUAGCAGCAGAUAAAGCGCACGAAGCAGCCCCCGAGGGCGCCUCAUCACACUGCGCUCUGACGCCGCUGGACGGCAGCGUCUCCCCCGUGUCCUCCGACUGCAGCGUGAUGGAGAGAAACGUCCCCAUCUGCCGGGAAUCGCGGCGGAAACGCAAAAGCUUCGUGACAAUGGCGUCGCCAGAGAGUCCGCUCAAAUGCACUACACAGAUGGUCACCACCUCGCCUCAGAUCCCCAACCCGUCCCCUUCGUUCUCAGACGGCCCCGCCCAACCCGUGGAGUCUUCCCUGGCCUUUCCCUGGACUUUCCCGUUCGGCAUCGACCGCAGGUUUCACUCGGACAAGUCCAAGCUGCCCGAGAGCCCGCGCUGUUUGGAGCAGGGCGCCCCGGGGACCUCGGAAGGUGUGGUCGCGCGGCGGCUCAGCGACUUCCUGACAUGCGAGAGCUCCAAGGUGGUGUCUUCACCGGUGGCAACGGAGGAGGAAGAUGUGCGGGUGAAGGUGGAGCGUCUCAGCGACGAAGAGGUUCAGGAGGCGUCGUCGCAGCCAGUCAGUGCCUCUCAGAGCUCAAUGAGCGACCAGCAGACGGUGCCAGGGAGCGACCCGGUCCAGGAAGAGCUGCUUAUCAGUCCACAGUCGUCCUCUAUAGGGUCAAUGGAUGAAGGUGUGUCAGAAAGCUUGCCUUCAAUGCAGAGCACCUCUAACGCUGGAGGACACGCAGAGGAUGAUGAGAGGCUGGAAGGUAUUCAGUAUCCAUACCACCUCUAUAUAAGCCCAUCAGCUCGACCCGGCACAAACGGGCCGGACCGGCCCUUUCAAUGUCCAACUUGUGGAGUCAGAUUCACACGCAUUCAAAACCUGAAACAACAUAUGCUCAUACACUCCGGCAUUAAACCUUUCCAGUGUGAUCGCUGUGGGAAAAAGUUCACACGGGCCUACUCCCUAAAGAUGCAUCGGCUGAAGCACGAAGGUAAACGCUGUUUCCGGUGCCAGAUAUGUAGCGCCACAUUCACGUCCUUCGGUGAAUAUAAGCACCACAUGAGGGUCUCCCGACACAUAAUCCGCAAGCCGCGGAUUUAUGAGUGCAAAACAUGCGGCGCCAUGUUCACCAACUCUGGCAAUUUAAUUGUACACCUGAGGAGUCUGAACCAUGAGGCAUCCGAGCUAGCAAACUACUUCCAGAGCAGUGAUUUCCUCGUGCCCGACUACCUGAGCCAGGUGCAGGAGGAGGAGGAGGCACUGGGAGUUCCGUAUGAGCUGGAGGAGUCCCAACAUCACCCGGUCUACCCGGGGAGCACCUCCAAUGCCACCACCACCACCACGGCUGCCUCGUCCUCUUCCUCAGUCCAGAUGCCAGUCAUCUCCCAGGUCUCCUCUUCCACACAGAACUGUGAAAGUUCCUCUGGCUUCCUUUCCCCCGAGCCCCUGGACCCCCUGGAAGCCCCGGCCUCUAAUAAGACUGAUGCUGACGAGACGGCAGCCAUGACCGAGGAGAACAAGAGGAACGACGGCGUCAGAGGCAGUUCCCCGGCGGUGUUUGAAGAGGAGCAGCAGCACGCUCGGGCUAAGGAGGUGGCUUCCAUUACCAUAGAGUGAUUCAAGUCUUCUGCCUGCCCCUCAUGUCCUAUUUUGCACUCAGGUCAUAUGGGAAUAUAAGUUAAAAGGAUUUUAAGACUGAAAGGAGCCACUUGGAGAUCUGCACACGCAACCCUUAUCAUGUGGAACCAUGGCAAUGCAACAGAGUUUUCUGAAGACGAUGUUGACUUCAUGGCAUCGUUCUACAUGCAAAACCGCAGCACUUAUUUAAGUUCCACACUAGAUUUACUUGGCUGGAGAGUCUGGCUUUGGCAGCAUUUUAACUACCUGAAAACUGUGAGUUAGCAGUAUUUUAAAUAGUACUUUUAGUAGCAAGCUUGUUUGUUUCCCAUAUGACUUGAAUGCAGCACCAGCUGUAGUCAUUUAAGUGUCAGCCAAUUGGAGGUCUGUUCAUUCCAAGCCUUGCUCUACUUUUAGAAAGUGCCUGAGAGUUCACACUUUAGCAAAGUCACGUAGAAGAAGAGAAGUGACAAAUCAAGUCUUUGCAAACUGAGCUAAAAAAUAGUCCUUGUAUAAAAUGUGUAAUAGUGACGCUAGUUUGUAUGGGCAGAGACUGUGUUACUCAUUUGGUGCCGUUGCUAUUGGCAAAUUCUUACAUGUUAAUAUUAAUCUAUACUGCAAUAGCUUGUACUGUACUUCUAUAUGAAUGCUGUGUAUGUUGAGUGUUGUUCUAUGACGUGUGUGUGUGUGUGUAGGUGCAUUUCUAUGACCAGUAUGAACACAGUGCAUUUCCUUUUUAAAUGUUUAAAACUUGAACUAUAUUGACAAAGUAUUCCCUAAAGAUAGCUGUGCAGUGUAAACAUUUCCUGACCUGUUCCUCAGUUGUUUUUUUUGUCGAUGAACACUGUUGUGAAAUCCAACCCUGGUUGUUGUAAAAAGCUCCAUUCUCAGAAUCUAGAUGGAUUUGGAUCUGUGCUUUUUCUUUUCUUUUUUCCCCCCUGAAAUCCGCUAUCUUCAACAGAAAAAGAGCUGGACAGUUCAAGACUGUUUCAUAAAUAGGCAUGGGCCGGUAUAAAAUGCAUGAAAACCAAAUAUCUGUGAUGGCAUCAAAUUGGUAACCUGACUCCGCAUAUCCAUCUGGAAACCUUCCGUUGAAGUAACUUUGGGAAGGGGCAAAAAUACUGGUUAGC